AUGGCUUCGACUGUCCUCCCGUUCUAUGCCAGCAGGGACACACUCCCGGCGGAUCUGCCGACGGACGAGGAGAUUGAGAACUCCGUGGAAAUAUAUGUUGACCAAACUGCACGCAAAGUAGUUGGAGUUGGGCCACAUUUCGUCGUCAAGUACGGCCGGCAAAUUGACCUCAUCGAAGGCAAGAACAUGCUCUAUAUUCAGCAAAACACAUCAGUCCAUGUCCCCAGAGUAUAUGCACUGUACUCGAAGCCGGACAACGGGAAGCAUUACAUCGUGAUGCAGAGAGUCGUGGGCGAAACGCUGGCCAGUCUAUGGCCGACGCUCGAUGUCUCCCAAAAGACAGCUAUUUCCAGAAGUCUCCAUAGUGCUAUGAACACCCUCCGAGUACUGCCAUCCCCGGGCGGAUAUUGUAGCUUGGGGAGGCAGCCGCUCCAGGACGGUAUUUUCUGGACUGGCAAUGAUAGAAAGAUGUCGCCAAUAAAUGGUCCGUUUGAGACCGAGGACGAAGUAAAUGCAGCAAUGGUCCAAAAGUAUAUUUACAACAAUCUACCAGUCCAGAAAGCCGACUUUUACUCACGAACUCUCAAGAUAGUACUGCAGCAUCACCAGCCGGUUUUUACUCACGGAGACAUGCAGCGAAAGAACAUCCUGGUGAGGCCAAGACGGCUGCUGGCAGCACAGCCAAGCGGUGCAGAAACAGCUGCGCAAGAUUUCGAGAUCACUAUUCUGGACUGGGAGACAGCAGGGUGGUAUCCGAGCUACUGGGAGUAUUCGAGAGCAAUGCUUGGAUGCGGGAGAUGGGAGGAUGACUGGCAUGUCUUCUUAGCUCAGAUAUUGGAAGAAUACCUGUUAGAGUGGGCAUGGGUAAACAUGAUGCUCGUAGAGCUGUGGUCAUGA